UUAUUCAUUCAUCGCUCCAAUGAUCAAGCGAUCAGAGGAUGCUAUCUGUUUUAUCAGUGUACUAUAAAAUUUUGUAUUCAGAAGACAGUACAUAUUGAAUAAAGCGCAAUGUUUCUCACGAUCUUCUUGGGAUUAGUUGCAAUUUUAUUUUUAUUACACUGCAUUAUAAUAUCCCGAAGAGUAACAAAAGUCCUUGAAGCACUUCCGGGACCAAAAGGAUAUCCCAUAAUAGGAAAUUUGCUUGAUUUUCAAAAAAAUAAUGAAAAACUAUUCGAAGCAAUUUCAAAGAUGGACAAGAAGUAUUAUCCAAUCUACAAAACGUGGUUUUUAUUUAUAACAACGGUAGUUUUACUUCAUCCGGAAGAUAUCGAGGUGCUUAUGAAGAGUUCCAAGCACAUAACAAAAAGUAUAGUUUAUAAAUUCAUAAAACCAUGGCUAUCAACAGGAUUGGUAACAAGUACAGGAGAAAAAUGGCAACAUCGAAGAAGAAUUUUAACUCCAGCCUUUCACUUUAAUAUCCUGAAACAUUUCGUAGUCACCUUAAAUGAAGAGUCACGUUAUCUUGUAUCAUCACUUAAAGAACAAGGAAAGGGAAAUCCGAUCAUUAAGAAUUUAGAGGAACUUAUGACCGAACACACGUUAAAUGCGAUAUGCGAAACGGCUAUGGGUACCCCGUUACAGGGGAAUGGCAAACUUGAGUCUGAAUACCGCAAAACCGUUAAUGCUAUGCUCGGUAUUGUUCCAUACAGGUAA